AUCCUACCAAGGUCUUGUACUGUGAGUUGGCCUUACAACCCAAGAAGAAACAAGGCAGCCGUGACAUCUGGCCGCCCAGAUCACAGACCUGGGUCAUCAACAAGAGAGGCCAGAUUUACUGUCGGGCCAUGCCGCAGCUAGCCCUGUCGGUUAUUGAGAAAUGGAAGGUGGACAAGCACUUUGCCGAUGAGGAGACCCCAGCACAAGGCUUGGCUGUCGGACUGGAGAAGAGACAGCAAGGCAACCCCUAUCAGCAGUGGGUGUUCACUGAGGAUGGUUUCAUUCAUGCUAUGGCUGAGCCUGAAUUAGUACUGACCUACAUAGAAGCCAAGCCGCAAGACGAUGAUGCGAUUGCCAUGGAGAUGAUGAUGGGGUUCAGCCAGCAACAGCAGGCAGCCGAGCGGCAGCAGCAGCAGGCACCGACUGACCCUGACGAUCCCUACGGAGCUGACCCGGACUUUGAUUCCAACGAGGAGGGUGAGGAGAGUGGAGGAGGGGGCGAGAAGAAAGACGCAUCCAAGAAGGAGGGGGACACCUUCCCAGGGCAGGUGUACGCCGUGGCCGUCAUACCCCGUAUGCCCGCCAGACACCCGUGGGCAAAAGCACAGAGGUGGGCCUUGAAGCAGGAGAGAUUGGAUAACCUUGGCCAGUGGAAACACACCAAGGCCCAGAACCCACUGUGGAACAAGCUGGCUUACUCCUGGCCGGUCAACAGCCAGGGCGAGUGGAACGAGGACUGCGAUUGGCCGAUGGAGGGAUAUCUCAUUCCCUAUGCCCCGCCCAUCAAGAAGAUGACGCGCAAACCGAGUGGCUCGGAGGGGGAGCUGGCCUACGGCCAAGAUCAAAAGGAUUCUCCGCUUAGAACUGUUCCACUACGGCUGAGGGUUCUGAAGAACGGCGAGCGGGACGUUCAGAGAAUGGCUCAUAUCGUGGGACCAGACCUCACCAAUAUGAUGAGAGACCUGAAUCGGACGGCCAUGAAUGGCAAGCGGCCCCAUCGUCGCAGCCAGUCACGUGAAAAGAGCGUGGAGAAACUGGAAGAGGAGAUGGCCCAGAAGAGACAGGCCAAGAAGGAUGAAGUCAAGGCCCUGGAGUUUCAGCUGUUUCUGGACCGCUGCACAUCCCUCCUCAACCUGCCUUUCGCUGCGCGCCGACUCUUCGACGAGAGCGGACGGGAGCACUUCUCGCUGGAUGACCUGCAGCGGGACCAGCUGGUCUUUGUCUCAUGCGGGGAGGCCUGGAGCGAUCCCAACCUGUCCAGCCAGGAGCAGCAGCGUCGAACCAUCCUGGCUACGCUGGUGGCCGACGUGGGCGCCAUCAAGCAGUACUGUGCCCUACGUAGUCCCAUGAAUCUGGUUCUGGAUGUGGAUGGUGCUCUGGCUGUAGGGAGCCCUCUUGUGGUCAACCAAAUUGCAGUGUCACCAGAGGAGAGGCAGCACAUCCUGCAAGGUCCCACUCCGGAGGCAGAGCCUGAAGAGGCAGAGACAGACGGAGAUGUGUACGCAAACUUGAGUGCCCACGAGCGAGCCCACAUAGCAUCAGACCAGCGAGCCGAGGGGCUGAAGUGGCCCUGGGAGCGAGUCCUCAAUGCCAGCUUAGACGAGGUGGUGGAGGUCAAUCAGGGGUCGGCCAGCGAGGAGGCGGCUUUCUCUAACGUCGAUCUCUAUAAGAAAUUCAAGCCCAAGCAGCCAAAGAGUCCACGCAGCACCAGGCUCUCCCACCAGCGCUUUGUGUUUGCCGAUGGCUUCCUAGCCGUCAAAACAGCACCUUACCUGGUGGUGGGGCUGGAACAGCCUGAGUUGGAGUUGUCCAGGGUGGUCCUGUGUAAGAAGAAUGCCGAGGACGCCUCGCAGCGAUGGGAGGCGGACACGCAGGGCUUCAUCCGCUCCAAGUCAAGCCCAGACCUUGUCUUGGGUGCUCAGAUGCCGAGUGUUGCAUUGGAUGAGGACAGCCAGGCUCCAGGCAGCUUCUGUGGUCAGUCGGUCACCCUACAGCAUGGCCGGACAGUCAGAUAUGGCGCGGCCAACCAGAAGUGGUCAUUCGAGAAGGAGACUGGCUUCCUAGAUGCCUUUGCAGCCGACAUCAAGGAUAAAGAAAUCACUGCUGCCAAUAAGGCUAGUGUGUGUACCUUUGCAGUGUGUGGAGAGACACCCCUGGAACAGACUGGAUUCAUUGUAAUGGGCAUCAAAUCAUCUGAACCUGUCAUUGUGUGUGCUGCCUGUGCACGCUCCAUGAGGGCCAAUCACAGGCUACGGAGGCUGGAGGAGGCGACAGAGUUUGCCUGCGCCGUGGGCCUGGCUCCUAAGCGUGGCGCCAGGAUGACAGGUUGCUUCCAGUGUCUGAACGGAAAGGUUGACCUGUCCACAUUUGAGGCUUCCAACACCAUGGCCCAGUACGAGAAGGAACUGAGGCGACUUCGUCAGAUGUCCAGUGCUCGAAUCAUUGCCAGGGAGAUAUCUGCCUACCAGCCUGUACAGAUGGUGAAGAUACUCGCCCACCGUAAUGGUAACGGGCGGAGUACAGAGGGCGUAGUGAUGACUGGAUCGACUGUUAGGGGGUUGUUGGAUCAGUGUACCUAUGGCCUACAGCUGUCCACUGCAGCUCGCCGGCUCUACACCCAGGACGGUACACUCAUCCUGACGGUGUCUGAUCUCAUACAUUGGAACCUGGCUUGCUACGGCCUAGCUGGCGUGGAUAUCAACGAACAAGAGGAUGAGAAGGACAAGACAGGUGACAAGCGACGGGAGUCGUCCUCUGAGCUGAAAGUGUCCUCUGUGCUGCGUAUUCCUGUGGAGGUCUGGGUCUCGUGCGGAGAGCCGUUUGCCAGGCCUGAGCAUGUGGACUACAAGAGAAAGUUGCUGCAGCAACAGAGAGAGGAACGGGCCGGAGUGAUCCUAGAACUUGAAAAAGAGAAGCAUGUCUUGCGUCAGAUGCAGGGACGGAGGACAAAUGGCAUGGAGGGGCCUCAGUACAUCAGCACCUUAAGUCCCGAUGCCCCAGUCAUGGUGGAGGGUGGCUGGACCCAACCCACCGUGGGGGAAGUCAAGAAAUCCCUGGUGGUACAUCAACUGGAGAACCACCUGCAGGAGGUCAAAGGUCAACAGAAGCAGCAAACCAAUCACGCCACCACCACCAGGCCAAUGGUCGAUGGCAGCAAGAAACUCUACAGCCAGCCCAAUCUGAAACGGGUCAAGGUGUACAAGAACGGCGAGCCUCCAGAUAAGCACACCUUUGCCUGGGGGUCGUCUGUGUCUGAGAUCCUACAGGACGGCACGGCCAGGCUGGACAUGCGCAAAGCUGCCGUGCAGCUCUACACAACAGAUGGGCAGAAGGUGACCAGCUUUGAGGAGAUCAGACGGGACCAGCUGCUCUGCCUGUCCCACGGAGACCACUUCAAAGGAUUAAGAGGAAGUCGCAAUCAGGUGGAAGUCAAGGCCAACUGGUCCCGAGCAAGGAAGAGAGAUGGCCCGCAGGCCACUGAGAUCAUGGUGACGUCCCACAAACAUCCAGCCGUCAAGGUCGAUCCGUUUGGACCACCAUCACUGGCUCUGACCGCUUCACCAAGCGAGGCAGACCCCCAGCAAUGAAGGAGAUGUUUUUUUUUGUUGUUUUUGUGGACAGCUUCUUGCUGGAGUAAGACUUGGACACGCAUGAAUCACACAGCUGGUGUUCAGAGGCUGUAUGUAAAGAACCGCGCUUGCUUUUGCCACCUGUUCUAGAAACGUAAUGUAAUAACUGGAAAUACGUUCAAGAUUAUACACAAAAACACAAGAACAAAAUAAAAAACACACCCAGAAAUCGUAACAUUGUCAACAUCAAAAUGCACGGUGCCAGGUAACAUUGUUGGCAUUUCAGUCUCGUCACUCAGAAGGAAAGUACCCCUUUUGGUUGGCUUCAUGCAACAACAACUUGGGAAAGAAAUAAUAGACGUAUAUCGGAGAGGACCAAAUAUUAGCCUGCUGAUUUCCUGGCACUUUGAACCGGCUGUGAACAGGGAUGUCUGAAGGGCAAAACUGAAGAUGCGAAAUGCUCCACCAGCGAUGAGCAGAGGAGAGAGAUGUCUGUGGCCGUGGUCAUACAAACAUGCCUUACAUGGUAGAGCUCUACCUGGUCUCGGCCUGGGUUGCAAACAAGAGCCAGUGUUAUAUCAAACGCUGGCAGAAUGCUAUUAAUAGACCUGUAACAUGAUGACAAUGACAUCACACUUUGUUUAUGUGCACACUUUCCUAUGUCAUCGAGGGGGAUAGUGAACCAUCAAGCGUCCAUAGAAAAGUGCACAUGUAAACAAAGUCCGACAUCAUGUUUUGAGUCGAUGCACCAAUCAUUUAUCUUGUUCUCAACUGUUAAUAUCAGGUUUGAGUACUAAGCUAGUCUACAUGACAGCUGCUGGUGAAGGUUUAAUCCCAAUUACCUGGCUGUGUCUAAAAUGAACAUACGUGCCCAUGGAAGCCAUUAAUUAACGGCUUCAUGUGUUUCCCCUCGAGGCAUGUGUUAUCUUUAGCCAUAGCCACAUUUUGUGGAUGCUGAUGGACAAUUGGCAGUGGAAGUUACGCUAAGCCAGAUCCAUUACCGAAAGCAUUAUAAAUUCAGAUGCCAGCAAAGUUGGCACUAUUUCAGAGUUCACUGACGAUGAUUAAGCUCUACUGAGCACAUUCAAAAUUAAUGGAAAAUUUCCCAAUUUGCUAAAAUUUAUCGCCCUGAUGUGAGCCAAAGGAGCAGCAUUAGUUUUACGAGUAGCGUAUGUAAAAUCUGCAUGUCAAAUCCUGUAUAAAGUAAAAAAUUGAAAGACUGCAUAAUUCUGCAUUCUAGAAAUGCUGCAAAAGGAGGGGCUGAAUUUUUGCAGAUCUUAAAAUUGCUUUAUAAAUUGCAAUAUACCUAUUUUUUGUUAUUGUGUUAAAUAGCUUUGGAUGUAAAUAUUUGAAGUCAAUUUAAAUGCUUAAGAUAUAUGUCAACUGAGAGUGGAUGUUCUUAUAUUUCGGCAACUGAUUCUGAAAGACUGUUAUUCUAUUCCUCUGAAAUCUGCAACUACUUUUUUCCUCCUUGAAAUAGCUUUCUUAAAACUGCUUUCUUGAAACUUUCCAGUUGCUUUGGCUUAGUUUUGUCAUUUACAGUUUGGAAAAAAAAUGAAGAAUUGACAGAGAUUCCUGAGUUUGCAUUAUUUGCAUCUUGUACAUACGAGAUCAUCAUGAAUUAGUACCACUUCUGUCAUUAAACACUAGGAGUUUAUCCUUCCAAAUUUGGGAACUUUGCUAACACGUUUUCUGUUUGGAAUCCACAUCCAAUUUUCUUACAUAAAUCUCAAUGGUAAGAUGUCUCCUUUUGUUGUUAGGCGCCAUUACCUCUUAUUUUGAGUGACCUGCUUUUUCACAUAGGUUUGAAAACGUAAAUAUUUCAGCCCCUUGUUCCAGUCAAUGAAAAUAAGCAGUAAAUGUGAUUCCUGUACAUGCAAAUCGCGAGAGGGGUCAACAGGAGCCUGCCCACCUCCUUUGCCAAAUAUGAGUAAUUUUUUUUUAAAUAAUGAGGGAAAGGCAAGUGUUUAGGUCUAAUUCAUUUUCCUUCCUUCAGGAGACGUGAAAAACCCCAAAUAUAGCCUCGCCCCUUGAAAAGGCCAUAAGAAGGUUACAUGGAAAAAAUUCCUCACUUUUUUGGCAAAAAAAUCUGGGUCUGGAUUUACCCCUGACCAAAUGAACGGGGCGAAUAUUUUUUCCCUUUUAUAACGUAACGAAUUUGUUAAACACCUGUUUCUCUUUCCCUCCCUUUCUCUUUCGUGUUCCCGCACGACAAAGGUUUAAAACACAAAAGUACUCAUUUUGUCACACUUCCCAAUAAUUUCGCACUGUCGCCUCAACAUUUUGUAAUCAUCUUUGACUAAUGACUUUUUUUGUUGAAUCUCUGGACUGAAGCUUAAGAAUUAAACCCGCUUGAUUGCAAAGCAGUA